UUUUUGUUUUAAAAUUUUAAGGUUCAGCUAAAAAACAAAAAGAUCAAAAUCAGAGUUUAAACUCUUCUCCAAAUAAUUCAAGACCAUGUUCACCAAAUCUUUACUCUUUUACUCAAGAUGUUGUACCAAACUUCACUGGACGUAGACGCCGAGAGAGCGCCUUUGAUAUUAAUAAUAUUGUCAUUCCUUGUUGUAUAGUACCAGCCAUAAGGGUGGAGAAACUUCAGUAUAAAGAAAUAUUAACACCCAAGUGGCGCGUCAUGGAGGAUAAGAAAGAUAAUACCUCAUCAUCUAACAAUUCAAAAGAAAACAUUGAAGAUCUUUCCGAUGAAGCGUUUUCGGUUCGGCACCAAAAAUGUGAAAUCAAAGAGAAAAAGUGGUUCACCAGUUACAUCAGAGUACGAACUUACGGGCGAGGACGAUCUCGCAGCUUGCGCUUUGACGUAGUCCCCAACUCUCCUCAGCCUCUGAACAGCGACCAAGAUCUAUUUUCGGGAUGUGAUAACCUACUCUCUACUCCUUACUCACCAGAUGUGUUCUCCACUGUUAGCUCCAGCGAUAUGUCGCCGGAGGAAGAGACUAAAGACAGUCUGCUAGAGGAGGAAACUAGCGAUACUAUCGAUCAGUCACCUUUUCUACCCAUAGAAAGCGCCGAAAUAGCCAAACCCUACGAUUUGCGCACUUUUCCUCUUUCGGAAGAUGAGUAUAAAUCCAUGUUAAAGGAGGCAGCCGAACCGGAAGUGUCUGAAAUCAGUCGACCUCGUCAGAUCGAAAAUCAUUCGGAUGUAUCUGUCGUUCAUUAGAACAAGUAUAGCGAUUCGAACAAAGCCGCUUGUGUACGGGGUAUAGAAAAACGUAAUCAUUAAUGUAUCGGCUUUAAAAAAAAUUUGGUCUAAUUCCCGAGAACUUUACAUUUUACACUAUUUUGAUCGACCAAUCGAAAGACGGGUAGUAGAAGUAUCCAAAAGUGCAUAUCAGCAUAUUUAAAAAAAAUACAAAAAAAAGAAAGAAAAAAAACAAACAUGUACAGGCAUUUUUUCUGCAUAUGUGUCGUCGCUGUUGGUUCGUGGCUUUUGGUACGUAGCGUGUCACGCAGGUUCCGUGCACAUUCUAGAGUUUAAAACCGACUCGUCCGCUAUAUAAACAUAGUGUAUAUAUUGUGGUUAAUUGCACAUAAAUAUUAGACACUUGUCGCCGUAUGCGAGAUGGUCGGAUGUAAUAGAUCUGUCAUUUGGAGAAUAGGGAUUGGUAUCAUUGUGUAACUCAAUGUUAAAAUCCUGUAAUACGUGUUUUUAAAAGGUGUGAUUAUAAACAGCACGUAGCUUCAUUUAUCCGCCACGCUACACGAUUUAGCGUCUUCUUUACUAUACAAGGUGGCCGUUCUCUACGAGAACGUGCUCCACUUAAAUAUAUCUGUGUUUGUAUUUUAAAAAAAAUGGCCGAUCCCUUAAGAGUUAAUUGGUCGUCGACUCGUUCCUCUAACCUUCGCAGUUUCUAGUCUGUAGUUCCAAACAGCGGCCGACGUAUUUACCGUAAUGUUCCGUAAACGACAAAUCUUGGUACAUCCUAUCCAUGCUUGUAAAAUUUCCAUACAGUGUAAUUAAAGAAUUUCUGGUAAUUGUC